AUGAGGAGGUCUGUUGGGAGUUUGAUUGGGACCUCUAUGCCCAGGGCCGAGGCGCUUCGGAGCCCCAUCCAGUCUGAACAUCGAGCGGCUGAUCACAUGCCGAGCCCACUGACGCUAAAAUGGAUGAAAGAAGCUACCAGACACGCACGUGGUGAUGAAUGCGAGGCCUUGAAGAUAGAGCAGCGAAGAAGGAGCGUCGGUGAUCAUGACUUUUGGCGACUACGUUCUCUCGGGCCGAAGAUGAAAGGUCGGGAGACACAUGUGGAGAGAUACAGGUGCAGGAUCUGCAAGGUCUCAUAUGCGACGUCUUGGCAGAAACGACAAGAGUGAACCCUUAACCCUUUUAGGAUCCCAAAGGGUACGCGUUUUCGUUGGAGACAGAAGGAAUUUCCUCGCUGUCAAAGAUGCAAUAACUGGAAAAUCGAACUUGAAGAAGAUCGAAGCAUGACAGUGCAGGCUAGAUCAAAACGAAUUGACUUGAUGAAAAAACACAUGGAGAAAUGUAAAAAAAAAGUGGAGAAGACAUAGAGAAUACUAAAAGUAAAAGAUCAAAAAUUUUCUCUCAUACUUGAACAAGAUAAGACAAAAAUACUUAAAUUAUAAAUAUAUUUGUAAGUAAAAAGUAUAUAUAAAAUAGAAGAUGACAACUCUCGCCGUUUCUUGUAGAAGUUAGUUGUUUCUUGUUGUGUGAAAGUUGCACUCCGUCAUACUCCAAAAUUAGGAAAUUUUUUACCUUAGUGAGAAAGUUGACCGUAACUAAACUUUGUUUUUGGUUUUGGUAAAUGUUAUAAGUACACUUUGUUCUAGACAACUUACCCAAAAAAUGCUUCAUGAUUAUUGAUCUGUUCAUAAAAAAUAGCGUUUUACAAAAUGUUUUACGCCGUUAAACUUGCAUGGACUCACUCAAUGCAUCUGGACUUUCUUGCACAAAUCAAUCCCGAGACACUACCUCAAGUUAGGUAAAUGAAUUAAUGAAGGAUCUCCUCUAUAAAGAAUCAACAGAUUAUUCAUGCAAAGGGAGUGGUUCUUUCUCUCUCAGGGAGCUGAAAUUUUCUUCUGUAUUACUUUAGUUACAAAAGACUACAUACAUAGGGACUUCAUCAUGAUUAUAUGCAAAACAAGAUCUUCACGCGGCAAGAAGUCGUGACGUAAAAUUUGCUUAACACCGUCCAGUAAUGGGAAGUUCCUUGGGCGAGUCGUCGAUUGUUGCAUACGUCGAAAUAAAGUAGACUUAUUCUCUUCCUGUUGCAGGGAAGGCGGCAGAACAAAAAGACCAGACUGUGGCAGACGGCGCUCUCUUUUUUCUGGUCUCUCUAUGGGAUGUUGAUUUUGGCAGGUACCUCCAGGUAUCCCUCACAUGUGCUUAAGUAUCUCGUGCGACAAUAACUUAUCAAUCCCGGGCUCACCUUGCCCCCGCUAUUAUUAUUUUCGAUGGAGAGAGUGGCAUGUCUUUUUUAUUUUCCACCUUCGUGUAAGUAGAAGUAGAAGAAUUUACGUCAUCAAAUUCAUGCUUCGUGCAUGAAGAACAUUAUGAGAUGGAUUAAGAACCUCGGAGCACUCAUUAUCCUUGCUAAUCGUCCUUUUAUUAUUUAGUAUCGAGUUAAAAUAAUUUUCAGAAUCAGAUUAAUCUGUGUCGUGUUUCAACUACAGACAUUGCGAUACGAAUCCUUUGGAACAAGUAGACGAGACAAUUUGUCCUCCGUUUACGGACAUUGUGAUGCGAAUCCGUAGGACGUAGGCGAAACGAUUAGUUAAACAUGCCUUCAGACAACAUGCUUUUAGCAUUUUGCUUUUCGGUUUUCACGAAAAGAUGAUUGUCAGGCAAGAAAUAUGGACAGCUUUUUUGAAAACGUAGGUUCUCACUAUCGUUCACACUUUUUUUCAUGUAGUCGAACGAUGUCGAUAUUUUUAGGCGGGAAAUAUAUAGAAAAGCCCGCUUUGAAUACUACAUGUAAUUGUACAACUUUUUAGCUUUAGCAAAAGCUUCACGACUUGUUCUGCAUGUGGUAUUCACCCGGGUCGCACACCUGAUGGCGAAACUGCGAAAGUACUAGGUAGAGAAAAAAUUGUACUAACAAAAAUACAACAAAAGAAAAAAUAUGAAGUCAAUAGUAAAGAUGCUCAUACUAGUAUAAAAACUGCUGGUCGUGGCUGUGUCUGACAAUUCAGAUGCAAAAACGAAAAACAUUUUUCAUUUUAAUCCUAAGGGGAAAGAACGAAUCUUUUUUCCACCCGCGCAUGCUGUAGAUAAUGGAGUUAUAGAAAAUUAGGAGGUGAAUGUCGGUUAAAUGUUGCAGUGAAUAUCUACUUUUGCAGGAGGACGAGUUGUGUCUUAUCGAAGUUAUGCCUUGCAAAAUAAGUAUGUUAAGGUUUUGGUUUUUUUCGAGGGCGACGUCCUUUUCUCCUACCGCGAUGUGGUAGGGUUGAUACUUACUCCUAUUUUUAUUUAGUAUGCACCCGAAACGCACUGAAACUGACGAUGGUGAGCCCCGAGAGAGAUAGGUAUCAUCAAAAUCAUGAAUAUCGUCGUUGCCGGAAUGAUUCUUCCAUUUGGGAUUAUGGACUAAUUAAAACUUCUCGAACAGGAAUAAAAAAUGAAUGUUAUUCUUGAAUGUAGUUUCUAAAUCACUAUGUUGCAGGCAGUCGGCAGGCUGUAGCUAGUAAUAGGGACUAAAUUUUCGAAGAUUUUUGAUAUGUAAUAUAUUUGUUAAGACGUGCUUGAUCGUCGCACCACACCUACUAGACCCACGCUGAGAUGUAGUCUAUGCCGUUUCGACCCACUCGGGCGAGGAGGCAACUGCUUUCAUGCUAGGCCAAAAGGCUUCUAUAGUGGUCACGAGUGCUGGCCAUGCAUGUCAGAAGCAAGUAUGUGACGAAGGGCGAAGAUUAUCGCGCUUUUGGUUCUAGCUUACUACUACAACAUUCAUAGAAGAUACAACAUAGAUAGCGUCUGUCCUAAUUAUUACCAAGUAGUAUUCUUUGCGAUUUAUUCUUGCCUUCAGAAAGGUUAUAAAUAUAAGUGCAUGAUACAUACAUGCGACGGGAGGUUGUAGGGGUUUUCGGUGAUGGAUGGAGCUUCUGGAAUCUAGCUAUCACUUACCUAAUAUUAUGUUGUAAUUGACGACAAUGAAUUGUACUUACCUUGAACAAUUAUUGCAAGUUUUCCUUCCCUAAGCACGCUGUUAUCACCCGGUAUUUAUCGGAUUGAAAAUUAUUGUGUCAACGUCUACUUUUCAGUGUAGCCCACGACUGGGUACACUGCUACUACAUCUCGCUCUUCCAUCUUCAAAAAGCAAUAAUUAUAAUGCGGCAUGGAGGAGCUAGAAGAAGUUUUCUAUAAUAGCGAAUGAUCAACAUGCGGCCUUGUUUCUGCUGGACGCGCGUUGGCCUUUGAGGUGGUUGAUGAAAUAGAUCUUUUCAUUGGAAAAAUUAGGUGAAAGGAAAGCGAUUUAGAAAAUCUCGUAUGCGCCGUCGUCGAUAGCUCCAAUAUAAUUUUUAAUAGAUUGGUUGUAAUUCUUUACUGUAGCGACAUGAAGAUCGAUCUGUCUUUUAAUUUUAAUGAAGAAAGUCGAGGUAAAUUGAUGAUAGU